GAAUGUUGUCUGCAUCCGAGGUGAGGAGGUUACGUUUUAAAAUGUUAGGAACAGUUAUAAUGAAAAACAAUUAAAAUGUUGAAAUGUCCAUAGAACAAAUAGUUGAAGGUUAUUACAUCCUAGCCCAAACCUUACGCAGGAUGAUGUCGGGCAGGGUCUGAAAGAGGACAAUCACGAAGACUAUCCAAAGCACAUACCAUAUCAUUUCGUUGUUAUUCAGGAAAAGCCUUUACAAAUGGCAAAUAGAAAUUUCACAACAGAGCUGAACAGAGCUGCCAGAAACGGGCAAUCUAAAGAGCUUAAAAGAAUACUCAAACAUGGUGCCAACAUAGAUGCACCUGACGGCAAUGGCAUGACACCACUCAUGCUGGCGUCCAAGUUCAGGCAUCAUAACAUCGCCAAAUUUCUUGUCCAAAGUGGAGCGAACGUAAACGCUGCAGACCGCCAGGGUAUGACGUCACUCAUGCACGCAGCACAGUUUGGCAAGAAUAACACACUUGACCUACUUAUGGACAACCAAGCAGACAUUAAUGGUAAAGACAACUUGGGUAAUACAGCGUUGAUGCACGCAGCUGAAACGCGGCACAUCCUUAGACUGAAACAGCUCGUUCAGCGCGGUGCGCAAGUUGACAGCGUGGAUUUGGCGGGAAAGUCUGCACUUAUGCAUGCGUCCCAGUCAGGAAUACGUCAGGCUGUGAAAUACCUCAUCGAUCAGCAUGCGGACUUACAUGCACAAGACGAAAAUGGAAUGACUGCCUUGAUGCACGCCUGUGCGAGUGGGUAUGGAAGCAGAAUCAAACUACUCGUUAAAAGUGGCGCCAGAAUUAACUUCAAGGACUACAACGGCAGAAACGCGUUGAUGCAUGCUGCUAUAAAAGGACACUCCAGCUCCUUCAACAUCCUUAUCAACCUAAACGCUACUAUACAUGAUGACGACAUGUACGGAAACACAGCACUGAUGUUUGCCUCUGAAUACGGUCAUUUUAGAAUCGUAGAAAAGAUUCUCAGAAGCAAAGCAAUAGUCGACAUCAACCAACGUAAUCAGGAAGGCAGGACCGCAUUAAUGCCAGCAUUAAAAUAUGGGCACAUCAAAGUUGUCAACAUACUUCUCAAAUAUAACGCCGACAUUCAUUUAGAGGACAACAAAGGCUGCACUGCAUUAAUGUUUGCAGCCGAGAAUGGCAAAAAGGAAAAUGUCCUAAAACUUCUGAAGAAGGAAGCUGAUGUCAACAAACAAAAUGUCAACAACAAAGACGCUCUAAUGUACGCUUCUGAGAAUGGAAAUCACUAUGCGGUCGAAGCUCUUAUCAAGCAUAAAGCUCUUGUACAUAGGCAGGAUGUGAACGGUCUAACUUCACUGCAUUUUGCGUCUAAGGAGGGCCACCAUAAAGUCGUCAAAUUAUUGUUAAAGCAUAAAGCAAACAAAGACGCAAUAUCCGCCUCUGGUGCAACGGCGCUUAUGUAUGCAUGUCGAAAAGGUCAUCUAAAGACGGUCAACUUAUUGAUAAGCAAAGGCGUCGACACCAACGCAGUGGAUGCAGCGGGUAAAACAGCUCUGAUGCAUGCCGUUAGAAACGACCACAGGUGCAUCGUGGAAAAACUUAUCAACAACGGAGCUGAUGUCAAUGUGGUAUCUCGCAAGAGGAAGACGGCACUGGCGUAUGCCAUGUCGAAAAAGCACGAUAAAAUAGAGGAACUUCUAAGAAGUUUCAACGCUGAAGACUAUACACGUUGCAAUAGGGAGCUGCCUUCUUGCAGCACCUUAUGCAUGACGGACGAUAAAGGUACACAAACUGAUUCCGAAAGUGAACGGGAGACUUCCAUUACUAUGAGCCACGGAAAUUCUCCCGUAAAUGUGAUUCUGAAAAACGCUGGAGUUGUUUACGUGAAUUGAUUUGAAAACAGUCAGUAUUCAGAUUUUACUGUAGCAAGCAAUGGAUAAUGGCGAGCAAUGCAAGCGCGACGACUCCAUUUAUUGGACGUAGCAGACGUUAAAUUUAAAGCAGACGACAGGCUUAUCGCGGAAGGUGUGGAAGUUGGGAUCUUUAAUUUCAAACUCAAGUCAGUUUAUAUAAUGAUUCCAAUCUUCGGUUUCACUACAAGGCCUUAUUAAAAUAAUGAGUUAAAUUUUAAAAAAAGACAUUAUUACAGAACAUAGCAUUAAGUGGUAAGUUCAAGGUUUGUCUAGAUGUGUUAAUAAACAAGAAUCAAGUAUUUUGUAUGCAAUAUAUGAAAGAUGUAUCUCAUGAAUGAAUAUUACACAUAACUACUCAGCACACAACAGUUUAUAGAUGUUAAACGAUAAUUGGAAUGUUAAAUUAUUUGUGUUUAAGGCAUUUACCAAAAUAGGUUUUUGAUUAUGUUUUAGUGUUGUUGUUUGUUUUUUUUGCACUGUAAGAUUCCUUACUUGCUAACGUGACCUUGUAGAUGCAAAGGGGUUAAAAGCCCUUCUUUAUGAAUCUAAGUCAGGGAGGCAUAUAUCUAGAAAUCUGUAUAAGAAUGUUAUCUAUGUCUUCCCGCCAAUAUUAUAAUAAAAUGUACAUUGUAUUUCCUAUAUCUCAAAGGAUGAAUGCUAGUGUGGACAGUAUAAAGACUUUUUUUUGGGAGAUACCUAUGGGCUAGUUAGAGUACAUAUUUUGAUAAUAUGUCAACGGCAACUUUAAAAAAGAAAUAGUUGGGCAAUAGUCGGCGCAAGAAAAGUGCAUUGCCCAACUCCCUAGCACCACUUUUAAAUAUCAGCUAAUCAUCAGUGCCCAGAGAAGCAAAUGGACCACCCAUAAGAAACAGCUAUUGAACUAUGCCUGCAUUAUGUUUGACAAAUAUGUACAUAAUUUAAGCACAUGCGAGGUCUGAACUCGCGCUACGGGCUGCACUACUUCAAAUUUCUGUUUAGAUCUGGACACUCGCGUUUACACGAGGUUUGCCUUCCUUAUGUCUGUGUAUCUUUGUAAAUAUUUUUUUCUGUUUGAGUUGGUUGGGUGGUAAGGAGGCUAUUUUUUCCGCAUGAUGGAGACUUAAAAUAGGAUUGGUAAUGAUGUAAGUAGUUUGACUUUCACAAAUAUAUUCUUUCGAUAAAUAACGUGAAAUAUUAAACAUAAAGCCUGGUGCUAGGUUGGGCAUCUCUCAUGACUGAGUGACUUGCGCUGAAAAUUUCGAUUUGAGUGAGGAGGGUCCUCAAAACGUCGACCUCACUCCCUCGCCCAAAGAGCCAUCCUUUUCCAGAAGUAACAUUUGGUCAAGACAUCCGUGAAUGAGUUUGGGUGAAAGUGAUGACAUGAGACUUUCUGUUUGCUGUUAGUUGCCUUUCUGUCUAACUUGUCUAGUAAUGAUUAAAAUGCACUCAGACUGCCAAAAGGAUUAUCAACCUAAGUAGCAUUUUUAAAGUAACAAUUUUUGGUUACACUCUUUCAGCAUUUGCGCCUCUUUUUUUAAUAUUUUGUCCAGAAAGAAUUGCACUUUUGUUUUUCAUCUUUACAAAUUAAAUUGAAAUAGUAAAUUGAUAUAACAGUGUUAUGUAUUUUUAUUAUUUCAUUUAUUUUAUUUAUUGCCCAGUGGGCAGUUGAUAACAUUCAAUAACUAAAAAUUAAUUGGCCACUGUUAUGUGACGAACUAUGAUUGCAAAGUGCCUAUCAGUAUACACUUUUAUAUCUAUUUUUUUUUAUUAUUUCAUCAUUAUGAAGUUUUAAUGAGAGAAUGUUGUUUGUAUUUUAUCAUCAGCAUCAAAGUUUUUAAAUGUACUUAUUUCUAUAGAACAUCCAGUGUUACAUCCAUAAAAGUAUGAAUAUUCUAUCUAAACCCUAUCUGCAUUUAUGGCACGAUAACUAUAAAUAGGUGGCAUUUCGGAGUAUCCGGUGCACAGAAUAAUGAAUACUGACGAAAUGUUUAUCUUGUAAAAGGGUACGCUAUUUUGUUUAGCACUAUUUUAAAAAAGCACUCCAGAAUAUCGCUUGUAGCUCAAAAUUAUUUCAAUGAAGACGAAGUGUUCGAAUUUAAAUCUACGGUUUGAAAGUUAGUUAAAAACAAAAUGGGCGACUGACUGGCUGUACUAUUGCAAAGAUGGUAUGAAAGUUAAAUUGAUUUGCCUUGCUGUGAUGUAUAUGGACAUGUUUCUGAACAUGUUCAAUUUAUCACCCUAGAUAGUCUAUUAAGACUGAUUGCCUAGUAUAUCAUAAGUAUUAACUCUUUCUCUCCGUAAUUAUUUUCCGCGUUCAGAAGGAAUUAUUCAUUCAUCCCAUUUUUGUAUUUUACUAGCCUGUAAGGGUUAAACUUCAAUAACGUUUUUCAUUAUAUUAGACAAUGUCUUAAUUGGUAGAGAUGGAUGUAUGCCCUUUUUACGUAACACCAAUUAAAGUUUACGAGCACAAAAAUUAAGUUAAUUUAAUGGGGUCUAAUCAACGAUGUUAUCGUCAAUCAAAUGAGAAAGAGUUAAAUCAAAAACCUACAGCAAUGUAGAUACUCUCAUUACUAAACACCUUGUGACGUUUCAGUCCUAUAAUUUGCAACAGCGUUGUGUGCUAGAGAGUAUUCUAUUUCUAAAUGUAUAUUAUGAGACUAUUGUGAGCAUAUUGUAUUUAUCAAUCAUCUCCCUUUUUCUUCUUCUUAAACUGUCAGGUAGACUGGUAGAGUUGAG